CUUGCCGUCAGUCUACCGCCAGAGUUGCCGAGGUGCGGGCGUGCGUCUGUGCGAGUCGCGGGUGUCGAGUGCGUGUCGCUGAGAUGUGUAGUGCCAUCAGAGAAGUUUAAUUCGGUAAGAGAAAUUCAUCCAGAGAUAAAGUGAGUGGUUAACGUAUAAGUGAGAGAAAUGCCGACGAUUUUAAAAGGCACAACUUAAGUUAAACUUUAUCGUUGUGGAGGACUUAUCUGUCUUGAUAUCAUAAAGGUUGAGAUGGCAGUCGCCAAGUGGGUGCUAGUGGUUCUUACUGUUCUUCCCCUCGUCGCCCACGGAGGUAGUGAGGCGUUCUUGAAGAUGUUUGCGGCUCAACAGACACCGACGGACCCCUGUUACGACGAGGACAGGCCGAAGAGGUGCAUUCCCGAUUUUGUCAAUGCCGCUUUCGGCAGCCCCGUCGAAGCUUCGAGCACUUGCGGAACUUUCGGACCGGCGAGAUACUGUGACGUUCCCGAUCACGGAAGCGGGUUGUGUCACGUCUGCGACGAUUCCCAACCGAAACGUCGGCACCCUCCGUCUUACCUUACAGAUCUGAACAACCCCAACAACAUCACCUGCUGGAGAUCCGAGCCCAUCAUAGCUCACUCCAGCUCCUACAACAGCCCUCCGGACAAUGUCACUCUGACUCUCUCACUCGGCAAGAAGUACGAGCUCACGUACGUCAGUCUCCAGUUCUGCCCCAAGGCGGCCAAACCCGACUCGAUCGCCAUCUACAAGAGCAUGGACUACGGGAAGACGUGGCAACCGUUCCAGUUCUACUCGGGGCAGUGCCGUAGAGUCUACGGGCGGCCGAACCGAGCGACAAUCACGAAAGCGAACGAACAAGAGGCUCUCUGCACGGACUCCCACAGGUUCAACGGGGACGGCGCCGGAGGGCCCAUCGCCUCGAGGAUCGCCUUCAGUACCUUGGAAGGACGUCCGAGCGCAGCGGACUUCGACAUCAGUCCCGUUCUCCAGGACUGGGUUACGGCCACAGACAUCAAGGUGAUCUUCAACAGGCUGCACUUUCCAACGGUUCUAGAAGAAGAGGAGGAAACGAUAUCAGUGGUAGAGUUGGAGAAAGAUUCAAAAAAGGACUUAGAAGACGUCAACAAGAUCACGAAUGGUCCUCUUCCGCCUAAGGUGGAACUGAAUCCUUCCCAGGAUCUCCAUAACGAACCUCUCCCCGCGGAUAGUCCCGCGGCUGUAGUUCUCAACUCUCUGAUGACAACCACCUCCACCACCAUGUCCUACCAUUACGCCGUGUCAGACUUCGCGGUCGGCGGACGGUGCAAGUGCAACGGACACGCUUCCAAGUGCAUCUCCGGGCCCUCUGGCCAGCUGAAUUGUGACUGUAAACACAACACCGCAGGACGGGACUGUGAGCGAUGCAAACCCUUCCACUUCGACAGACCAUGGGGCAGAGCCACGGCCAGGGACGCCAACGAGUGCAAAGCCUGCAACUGCAACUUGCACGCGAGGCGGUGCCGCUUCAACAUGGAGUUGUACAAGCUGAGCGGACGGGUUAGUGGCGGAGUCUGUUUGAAGUGCCGCCACUUUACUGCAGGGAGACACUGCCAUUAUUGCAAGGAAGGGUACUACAGAGACCCCACAAAGCCUAUCACACACCGCAAAGCCUGUAAAGCUUGCGACUGUCACCCCAUAGGCGCCUCUGGGAAGACCUGUAACCAGACCUCCGGCCAGUGUCCCUGCAAGGACGGUGUUACCGGGAUCACCUGCAACCGCUGUGCCAAGGGCUACCAGCAGAGUCGCUCGCACAUAGCGCCUUGCGUCAAGAUUCCGAGGAUGCCUGUCAACCAAAUGUCAGCAGACGCUGGUGAAGAAUACAGCCCUGGUGACACAUCACCGGCCAGAGACCAGUGCGGCAAAUGCAGGGCUGGCACCCGUAGACUGAACCUCAACAAGUACUGCAAGCGAGACUAUGCCAUCUUGGGCAAGGUGCUAGAGCGAGAGACUGUAGACGAUUGGGUCAAGUUCUCACUUAACAUCCAGAGCGUGUUCAAACGUGCCCGAGACUCCAGGUUGAGGCGUACCAACACCUUCCUCUGGGUGCCAGUCAAGGACCUGGCCUGCAAGUGUCCUAAGAUUAAAACUAACAAGUCUUACUUGAUCCUUGGGAAGGAGAAGGAAGGGGAACACACCGGGCUCACAAUCACCCAGCGGUCAAUCGUCAUCGAGUGGAAGGACGAAUGGAACAACAGGAUGAGGAGGUUCCAACGACGCUCGCGACAGUGCAAGUAAACACUCCCUCGGACACUUCCACGUCCUGGAUCACCCGUUACUUUCAACAGUGGACUCCUCGGUUAGACUAUGCUGAUCCUGUACUUAUGUAACUUUUCCCAGGUUUUAAUAGCGUGUUUUUUUCACUUCGAUUUUGGAUCAAUUCCAAUCACCGGAUGAUCGUGAAGGUUGUUUUAAAAUGGCUGUCAUUAACUAUUGUCUAUGUGCUUGUUAUGUGAAGUUGUUUUUCAACUUGUUAUAUAUUACAUUGCAGGCUGCAACUGUAUUACGUUUCUCACCAAAGGAGGUUGUCACAAUAAACAUAUCAGCUUCAACAAUCCUUUUAUCAAAAAAUGUCCCAUUUCUUUCACAUUUCCAAAAUAACAAGAAGGGUACACAGUAUCUUUUUCCACUUAAACUGCUGUUGUAAAUGACAUUUUCGUUAUGGAACUUAAAUAAAUAGAGACAUAAAAUGGAAUUACACCUCAACUAAAACAUAUCUUCCUAGUACUCAGUACACAUAUCCACUUGCUAUUUUACCCUUUAGUAAUCCCAAGAAACAGUUACAUGGAAUAAAGGUUGUAAAGGUGAAGCUGAAGGAUGUUUGAAAGCAGAGCUCCGUAUUGUCACUGUAAUUAUUGAAUGUAUGAUAUCAACAGACUGAGUAUAUUAUUUGCCAUAGCUUUAAUACAGUUAGGAUUCCACGUGAUGUUAGAGUAUUGUAAGGGACAGGAGUGUUGUAUUCUUUUCGACUCCAAAGAUGACGUCAAGUUCUUGUAAAUUAUGAUGAAUGUACGUUAUGUAGACUCAUAGUUGUAGAGCUAGCCUUUAUGUGGUGCUGAGGGCCAAGGAAAAUGCUGUUUCUGCCCUACACCAUCCACUGCUUACGGCAGCGUCGCUAGUUUCUGAAAAUUUUGUUAACUUCAGGGAAAACUUUGAUCUAUCGAUUAGUAUGCCUAAUAAAAUAAUAAGUUUGUACAUUAAUACAAUGUUGUAUUGCGUGUUUAUUUCUCAUCCCAUUCAAGGGAGCCUACAUUAUAUUUAAGUGCAAGUUAUAUAAUUAUCUGAAACAAAAAAUUUUUUUCCCAAACAAUACAAACAUUUAAUGUGUACAGUAAAAGAUGGAAUAUCUUAUACAAGAACAAAGUUUGGAAUCAGACUAUCUCUCAUGUUUACUUUUACUAAGAUUACAACUACAUAAUGUAUUUAGCUUUAUAAUAUUAUUAAAACACAAGAUCUAUCUGUUUAUAUGGUUAGGUUAAGGUUCGUUGUAUAUUUGUCUUUUAUUAGAUAUUUUGUAUAUUUUCGAUGAUGUUAGAAUGUAAUUAAUUAAACUCAUUUAUAUGUUUCUUCUUAUCUGUUUAGCUAGUUCCUAAAGAUUUCCUUUGCAGUUUAUUUAUUAUUGGAUUGUAACUAUUAACAUAUUAAAUAGUGGUGGAAGUAGUAAAUACACGAUUGACAGUUUAAAAAUUAAUAUCUUAAUUAUUAUUUAAAUGUUUGGGUAUGUUUUUCUUAUACCAACGGUUUGAUUAAAUUUAUCAUUUAAAUCAACUCUUAUAAAAUAAUUCUCUCCUGAAACGGAAGUUUCUUCGACAUGGUUGUAUAGAUAAAUAAAUUAUAGCUGUGUUAUUUUAUUAAUUACUGUAGAUGGAUACUUAAUUUAUAAUUACGAUAGGCAAGAUAAUUCUGCUUCAUGUGUAUUAGCAAUAUUAGACUCUACAUGUCUACAUGUCUGUGUGUAUUGUACAUUAUGUCCUUUAUUUAUUCACAUUAACUUGUGUAACAUUAUUUACAUGUUUUUACGAUAUUGUAGAUGUAAUAUAUUAUAUAAUAAAUGUUUAACUAAGA